AUGGGGAAAUCUGCAAAUACAAGCCCAGUGUCACAAGCUAAUAUGACUUGUUUAAGUUUAUUUGUUAAUCCAUCCAUUACUGAACUGUGGGAGUUGGAUGUUUUGGGGAUUCAGGAGCCUAGUGAGAAGAAGUCCAAGGAGCAAUUGGCAUUGGCAGCGAAGGAGUUAUUUUUACAAACUGUAAUCAUAAACCAAGAAGGCAGAUACGAGGUUGGACUUCCUUGGCUGGAAGGGCAUCCGUCGUUACCAGCUAAUUUUAAUGUGGCAAAACGUCGUUUACAUUCGGUCGUGUCCAAGCUCAAAAGAGAUAAUCUCUUUUCUCGUUGUAAUGAAGUAUUUCAGGAAUGGGAAAAUUUGAAAAUAAUAGAAAAAACAAAUAGUGACUCCACCACUGGACAUUUUUUACCCCAUCGACCUGUGUUAAAGGAGGGAUCUACGACCGCUGUGAGGCCAGUGUUUGACGCCUCAGCUAGAGAGAAAAAUAAACCUUCACUUAAUCAGUGCCUUGAAAAGGGACCAAAUCUGAUUGAAAGUAUUCCACUUUUGCUUCUUAAAUUUCGUAAAUUUGAAAUUGGAGUUGUCUCUGAUAUUAAGAAGGCUUUUUUGCAAAUAAGUGUCAAUAAAAAUGAUAGCGAAUUUUUAAAGUUUUUAUGGCUCAAUGAUAACGGUGAAGAAAUUGUAUUAAGACACAAAAGAGUAGUCUUUGGUGUGAAUUGUAGUCCGUUCUUACUUGGGGCUACCAUUGAUUACCACCUGUCGAAAUGCCUCGAAAAUUGUUCUUUACCUAAUGCUAAAUAUUCAAAGGAAACCAUUGAGCGUUUAGCCAAAAGCUUCUACGUAGAUAAUUGCAUUUGUAGCAUGACCAACCGAGAGAGUUUAAACACUUUUAUUAGGGAAGCGGUUUCUGCAAUGUCUGAUGCGCAGUUUGAUUUACGAGGGUGGGAGUUUUCUGGAAACUCCGACAGUGAUGAUUUUUAUGUAAUGGUUCUGGGUCUUAAGUGGUUCACCAAAGGAGACGUUUUGAAAAUUAACAGCGAUUCUUUGGAACCAGAUCUUUCCAUUGUCGACAGUAGAGGUCCAUAG